AUGGCCCUCGCACCGAAAUCCGACUCGCUGGCACUGUUUGAAAAAGCCAAACGCCUCUCUCCCGCCAACAAACUCUGCUUUGACUGCAAUGCGAAGAACCCCACAUGGAGCAGCGUUCCGUUCGCCAUCUACCUGUGUCUCGAUUGUUCCGCGCACCAUCGCAACUUGGGUGUCCACAUCUCCUUUGUCCGCUCCACCAACCUCGAUGUCUGGCAAUGGGAUCAACUGCGGAGGAUGAAGGUCGGCGGGAAUGAAAGCGCGACCAAGUAUUUCAAGGCGAAUGGAGGAAGUGCGGCAUUGUCAAGCAAGGAUCCCAAGACCAAGUACACAAGUCAGGCGGCGGUCAAGUACAAGGAGGAAUUGGCGAGACGAGUGGAGGGAGAUGCGAGGAGAUUUCCGGAUUCCGUGGUGAUUGAGGAUGCGGGUGGGGAAGAUGCGGGAGGAAGUKGGACCAACACGCCCAAGGAGGGAGGAGGAGAUGAUGACUUCUUCAGCAGUUGGGACAAACCGGCCGUGAAGAGACCCUCCAACCCUCCAUCCCGCACUGGAACACCCGUCGCGAGGACCGCGUCGCCGUUUCUGAACGCCAAUGCUGCUGCUACUGCGAAUAAUGGGAGGCCAAAAUCCCCGCUCAUCCCUGUUGGAGAUGCGACUCCAGCGGCAGCAGCACCCAAGACCAUCUCUAGCUCGGCCAUCCGCAAGACUGCGUUGACGAGCAAACCGAAGGCCAACAUUCUGGGAGCCAAAAAGACGAAACUAGGCGCGAAAAAGGUCGAUGCGAGUAUUCUGGACUUUGACGAGGCGGAGAAGAAGGCUACGGAGGAAGCAGAGCGGAAGGCGAGAUUGGGAUAUGAUCCAGACGAAGUCACUGCCAGUGAAAGUACGAUUGAAGCCGCUCAACCCGCCACCACUGCUGCUAUCCACUCCCCAACGCCUGUCAGUCCUCCACGGGGAGGAAAAGCGAGUCAGGCGGAGGUGGAGAGACUGGGAAUGGGUGUGCGAAGACUUGGCUUUGGACAGGUUGGUGGUGGAGGUGGUGCCGCUCCUGCUUCGGGUGGAGCACCCAAGAAAGCCAUGGGAUUCGGAUCUACGAGUAAGCCCGUUGUUGAUGACAGCGAAACCUACGCACGAGAAAAGUUCUCCACUCAAAAGGGCAUCUCUUCAGAUGAAUUCUUCGGCCGCAACGAUUUCGACUCCUCCGCCAAAUCGGAAGCCAAACAGCGUUUGCAAGGUUUCGAAGGCGCCACUUCCAUCUCCUCGAACGCGUACUUUGGCAGACCGGACGAGGCGGGUGGAGAGGAGGAUUACGGUGAUUUGGAAGGUGCGGCCAAGGAUUUCGUGAGGAAGUUUGGAAUCACGGCGGGUGAUGAUUUGGAGAAUCUGAGUGGGUUGAUUGGGGAGGGCGCCGGGAGAUUGCAGGGUGCUAUUAGGAAUUACUUGAACGGUUGA